AUGGCGUCCCAACAAACCGUGAAUAUUGCCGCGCUAAUCCAAGACCAGGUUGCCAAGUCAGUUGGCGAAAGCAGUGCCAAGCUUUUGAAAGAUAUGGAAGCAAUGAUGUCCACCCGUUUGGAUGACUUAACUACAAAUAUCACAGCAACCCAGCAAGUUUUCACUCAGGAGCAGCGGGAACAAUUCAAAUUCAAUGAUAAAGUAGUUGACGAGUUAGCCGAAGCAGGGAAGGAGCUUGAUAGCAUUUCCAGUGACAACGUCCAUCUGGUCGCUGCUAAGAAACGGAUUGCUGAAGGUAUGUCGCUACUUGCUCAAAGACAAAAGUUUGUCCGUUUGGCAGAUCGCGAGGAAUUGGGGUGGAAAGUUGUUGAUGAGUACAAAGCGCAUGAUUUAGCUGAAGAUUCCGAUGACGAAAAGCGAAUUUGGAAAGCGGUUUCGAGGGCCAGCCGUAAGCAAAAGGAGCAAGUGUCGAAAAAAAGGAAGAAAAGUUGGUACAGUCAACGGUUCAAUCCAUACAACGCAUGCGCAUCAAACCAAGACGGACAGGCCUCUCAACACCGUGAUAUCCCAUCCCGUACAAAUACACCUAGUAAUGGCAGUGCGCUGAAGCCGGGAUCGUGUUUUGCAUGCGGAGAAUUGGGCCAUUGGAGGAAUGAGUGUACAUCGAUUCAGUCGCAAGGGAGUGGUCAGAGAAUUACAGCAGGACACGCAAAUAAGAUAAGUGACAUUCCAUACUGUAAUUAUGCAGUGCAAUCUGGUUCAGUGUUUUGUAGUGAUGUUGGCAGUUUUUCAGGUCGGGGUUUUAGUGCACCGAGUUUGAAUUCAGCUUCGUUUAUUGAUGGCGAGUACGUCACUGUAUCCGAUACGUCAGAAUAUGUAUCAGAUAAUUUGGUCUCUCCGGUUGUAGGCUCAAGGGUGCAAUACCAUUUUGGAGGCAAACAGGUGCUAAUUCCUAUGUUUUGGAUGUUAUUAGUAAUGGGUUUAAAUUUAUCCACAUCUGUAACACGGGAAAUUGGUGAAAGCUCGUCAACAAUGCAUCCGGAGCUGACCCGGUUAUCUUCACAGUUACCCAGUUAUCUUUUGAUGUCCGGCAGUGACAAUACAACGAAGAAGUAUUUUUUCUACUUUCAAAAGUGGCGGACUUUUAUCGAGGAUAAGUUUGACGAAGAUUCGGAAAAGAGUGAGAUCAAAAUUGAGCUGGAAGGACUGAGUGCCCACAGCUCGCAUGGGUUUCAUGUACACGAGAAGGGCGACCUCAGCGAUGGGUGCGAGUCAACAGCUGGCCACUAUAACCCAUUUGACAUGGAUCAUGGCGCCCCCACCGACAAAAUCAGACAUGUCGGUGACCUUGGUAACAUAGUAGCGGACGCUAAAGGACGCGUAUCCACUAUAAUCACUGAUGAUCAGAUUUCCUUGGUGGGAAGCUACUCUAUAAUUGGAAGAGCGUUCGUGGUGCACGAGGGAGAAGAUGAUCUUGGGAAAGGUGGCGAUGAAGGCAGUAGAACAACAGGAAACGCUGGUAAAAGAAUGGCUUGUUGCGUUGUGGGCAGAACCGAUAAAUCCGAGGACUAGACUUACUGUAUCCAUUGCAUCGAGUUAUUCGAUCAUAAUAAUUGAACCACAUUUUUUUUAGUUAUUUCAUUGUUUAAUCACAGUUGUUUUUUUACCUCAGACAAGUAAUACAUUUAUUAGUUGUCCGAGUUCUUACCAAUAACAUAAGCGUCUUUGUUUAUAUCCACCCUUACCAGUAUUAUUACAUAA